AGUUUUUCGUUCCAGAGGGAAGGAUGUAGUGGCGCCGAACCAGUCUUUGGGAGGGUGCCCUUCGAUGUUGUGAAGGGUGCGCCUCUUCUUACUUUCCAGCCUCACUCUUCGGAUGUCCUUAUUCGUCCAAUCGGUCCUGUUGGGGACUUCAACCCAGUAUCUGGGAGUGGAGAAGAAAACCCAGGUUCUGGGGCCAUCGCGGUGUUCCCAGUCUUAGAGGUAUUUGGUUUCUUCGAGAAUUUUUCCAGAGACACACUUAAAAAAUGACAUCCCAACAAGAAAUAAUGAGUGACCAGCGGUUUCGGCGGGUUGCAAAGGACCCAAGAUUUUGGGAAAUGCCAGAAAAAGAUCGAAAAGUUAAAAUUGACAAGAGAUUUCGAGCAAUGUUUCAUGACAAAAAGUUUAAGUUGAAUUAUGCGGUGGAUAAAAGAGGACGCCCCAUCAACCACAGCACUACAGAAGACUUGAAACGUUUUUAUGAUCUUUCAGAUUCUGAUUCAGAUCUAUCUGAUGAAGAUAACAAAGAAUUAAACCAAAAGGAGAUGAAGAAGAAAAAAUCCCAGACUAAAAGUAAAAUAGAAUCCAAAAAUCCAGCUGUGGAGAAGAAGAAACAAGCUAAGAAAGUUAAUCAAAAGGAUUCUAGAAACAAAGAUGAUUUAGAUAACUCUGGCAAAAUGAAAACUGUAUACAAAACUAAGAAGAUAGAUUCCAAAAUAAGUCCCAAGAAAGAUAGCCAAGAAUUUACACAAAAAAGGGCAAAAGGGGAAAAAAACAUUUUUCAACUUCGCACAGACUUGAGUCCCAAAGGAAAAGUAAGAACAGCAGACUUGGGCAUCUCUGAAAUUGUGAAAUUUCCCAAGGCAAAGUAUUCUGAGACAAGAGGAAAAAUGCAAUCAGAAGUUCCACACAAAAUGAAUAGAGAUAGUAAUCAUGAAAAAUCACCAGCUGGUAAAAUGUUUGACAAAGAUGAUCUGGAGGAAGAUUUAGAAAGUGCUAGUGAAAUAGGAUCUGAUGAAGAAUCUGAAUAUGAAACAGGAGGCAUUGGUAGAGCUCCAGCUAGUGAUGAUGACAGCGAAGAUGAUGAAGAUGAAGAUGAGAGUAGUGGUGAUGAUGAUGAUGAUGAUGAUGAUGAAGAAGAAGAAGAAAGUGACAGUGGCCCUGAUCUAGCCAGGGGUAAAGGAAAUAUAGAAACUAGUUCUGAAGAUGAAGAAGAUAUGGAAGAUUACCUUCCACAGGAAUCUGGUUUUGAACAUGCUUGGAGAGAAUUAGAUAAGGAUGCUCCUCGCGCUGAUGAGAUUACACGUCGAUUAGCAGUUUGCAACAUGGACUGGGAUAGAUUAAAGGCAAAAGAUUUGUUGGCCCUGUUCAAUUCAUUUAAACCUAAAGGAGGUGUUAUAUUUUCUGUAAAGAUAUACCCAUCAGAGUUUGGAAAGGAGAGGAUGAAGGAAGAGCAAGUUCAAGGACCAGUAGAGUUAUUAAGUAUCCCUGAAGAUGCCCAUGAAAAGGAUUGGACUUCUAGAGAAAAAUUGAGAGAUUAUCAAUUCAAACGAUUGAAGUACUAUUAUGCAGUAGUAGACUGUGAUUCUCCUGCUACAGCCAGUAAAAUUUAUGAGGAUUGUGAUGGCCUGGAAUUUGAAAGUAGUUGUUCAUUCAUAGAUCUAAGGUUUAUACCGGAUGAUAUUACUUUUGAUGAUGAGCCCAAGGACAUAGCCUCAGAAGUGGAUUUAACAGCAUAUAAACCAAAAUAUUUCACAUCUGCUGCAAUGGGAACGUCAACGGUGGAGAUCACUUGGGAUGAAACUGAUCAUGAAAGAAUUACAACACUCAACAGGAAAUUUAAAAAGGAAGAGCUUUUGGAUAUGGAUUUUCAAGCCUACUUAGCUUCCUCUAGUGAAGAUGACGAGGAACUAGAAGAGGAACUACAAAGUGAUGAUGGAGACAAUGUGGAAGAUGGGAAAACAAAGAAGAGUCAGAAGGAUGAUGAAGAACAAAUUGCUAAGUAUAGGCAGCUCUUGCAAGUUAUACAAGAAAAAGAAAAAGGCAAAGAAAAUGAUAUGGAAAUGGAAAUUAAGUGGGUUCCAGGUCUUAAAGAAAAUGCAGAAGAGAUGGUCAAAAACAGAUUAGAAGGAAAGAAUCAGCUGACCCCUUGGGAACAAUUUUUGGAGAAGAAGAAAGAGAAAAAAAGACUGAAAAAGAAACAGAAGGCUCUUGCUGAAGAAGCCAGUGAAGAUGAACUUCCCUCUGAUGUUGAUUUGAACGACCCAUACUUUGCUGAAGAAGUUAAGAAACUAGGCAUAAAGAAAAAAUCGAUGAAAUCUGCAAAAGAUGGCGCAGCUCCAGAAGAAGAAAGUGAAAUAGAAAGACAAAAGGCUGAAAUGGCUUUGCUUGUGAUGGAUGAGGAGGAGGAGAGCAAGAAGCACUUCAAUUAUAACAAAAUUGUGGAGCACCAGAAUCUGAGCAAAAAGAAGAAAAAACAACUUAUGAAAAAGAAAGAAUUAUUAGAGGAUGACUUUGAGGUAAAUGUUACAGAUGCACGGUUUCAGGCAAUGUAUACAUCCCACUUAUUCAAUUUGGAUCCUUCAGAUCCUAGUUUCAAGAAAACAAAAGCUAUGGAAAAAAUCCUUGAGGAGAAAGCCCGGCAGAGAGAACAAAAAGAACAAGAACGUACUCAGGCAAUAAAGAAAAAAGAGAGUGAAAUUCAAAAAGAAUCACAAAAGAGGUCCAUUGAUCCUGCCUUGUCAGUGUUGAUUAAAUCUAUAAAGAACAAAACAGAGCAGUUUCAAGCAAGAAAGAAACAAAAAGUCAAAUAGCUUAACUGUAUGAUUUUUCUUUUUGGAUUGAGAAUAUGAUCUCCUAAAGUAUACAGAAUGGUUAAAGGAUUAUUUUGGGGGAACAAAGAAUAGAAUAAAAUCUUAGUAUGAUCAUUUUAGAAUUUCUCUCUAUAAGUAAUGGUUGGACUUAAUUGUGUGUGUCUGACAGAUUUUUACUGUAUAUUUCCAGUGAUUAAUAAUAAUUUAAGAAUUACCCAAAAUAUAGGAUUUAUCAAAUUUUUGUUCUAUAAAAUUCAGUUCAUCCUUAAAAAAAAAAGUUAGCUUUUUUAAUGACUGUUUGAAAUUGUAAAGAAUAGAACAGUGCCCUAUUACUCAAUCUUAAGUCUGAAUAAGAGGAACAAUUUGAAAAUAUGUGUGUGCAAUACAUUAAAAUUUCUCUGGAAGCAGGAGGCAGGUUUAGAUUUCUAUUAGGAUAUUUAUUUUUCUAGCCAUAAUGGAUAGGAAUCAGUAACUUUCUUUGUUGUUUGGUCAUGUUAAUCAUAGUUAGCCCAUAAGAUUAUUUGCAAAUAAAAGUAUGAAAUAUUUUUAUUGUUUAUAGGACUGAUUUAUUUCAUAUAUUUAUUUCAAAUGCCCUCUGGAACAAUAUCUGAAAAACUGACUCUUUAAGAUUACAAGUCCAUGAAGAGGCAGUUCAAGAUUUGCAUUGCUCAUAAUUAUAUUUGAAUUGUUUAUGAGCACUGCAAUGAAUUCUGUUUGUAGUAACAGAAAAUUUCUUCUGCCCUUCACAUUUUUGGAAUGCUUGAAAGGGUAAUAUGCUGUUACAGAGUUUUAAAAAAUCUUAAUUCUUUUAAAAAUUAAAUUAAAACAUAUUUUCAAUGCCUUAAUAUUCCUAGAUCUCAUCUGAUCUAGAUUAUCUAAGUUUUAGACAAUAAACUAUUUAGUAUAUAAGUAAAUUAAAAUAAAAGCCAAAAUGGCCACUUGGACAAAUGAUAAAUAUGGUAGUUUUUGAGAAGUAGUAGGAAUUUGGCCAGGUUUCUGGUUAAUAGUAAAUUUGACAUUUUUGGUAUUAAAAAUUCAGACCUAGCAAUGUAGUAUAUUUUUUCUAGAAUAAAAUGUUGUAAGACUCACAGUGAUAUUAAUACAGUAAAUAUAUGGAUAUACAAAUAGUCUCUGAAAAGGAAAGGAAAAAAACUAUAUUGUUCAUUGUAACAGAAAAAUGCAAGGAAUUGUGCUUUUAUCAUAAAACACUGACAGGUUAUUAAGUAAAAUAAAGCAUUGUUCCUACUGAUCCCUGUAUUUAGCUAUCAUCAAUGAAACAUCGUCAAUCUUAAUAUGCUUAUUAGUAUAAUCUUAAUAUGCUUAUUAGUAGUUGUAUAAUUAAUUUCAUUUGUGCCUGGAAAAAGAUUUGUUUCUUUUAAACUUUAAAUUACAACUUAAGGUUUACCCAAAAUUUGAUUUUAAGGUUCCUGGUUUUUUGGUUUUUAAUUGGUUUGUUUUUUUAUUUUUGAGUCCUUUGUUAAGUCAGUGCAUUUAAUUGUAAAUCUCAUUUUACUAGUCCAAGUUAGGUACAUCCUUGGCUGUUUUUCUCAAAAGAUUUUAUAUUUUUUAGGUAGAAAAAAGUGAGACUAGCAUUAUCAUAUCCUGCCUAUAAUAAACAUCUUACACCAAGAAUGUUAGAUUCCCAAAAAAUAGAAGAUUAAAAUGUGAGAAUAUUUCAGGUAUUCUUAAGGUCGUAUUUAUUUAAAUUAUUGUGGUUAUUACCAAGACCAUAGAGAGUAAGACAGUAUUGUCACAUCUAGAAAAAAGCUGUGACUCAAUACCAGUGAAGCUCUAAUUUCUCAGACAUUUGUCAAAAGUCUUGGGGACCAGCUUGGUACCCACUGUCAAUACUACUUUCUGAAGGGAAUUUGUUAGACACAUGAGCAGAAGAGUCAUGACUGUGCUCUAUAUUGUCUAUGGAGUAGGCCAAUAUUAGGUAACAUGCUGGUUUUUCUGCUCAUUAGUAUCACUUAGGGUGUCGUAAAAAUUUCUGUGGUCAGACAGUCUCCUAGCCCUAUUAAAUUAGAUGUGUGGAGUAGGAUCCAGGCAUGAUUAUUUUAUAAAGCUUGCCAGGUUACUCCAAUGUGCAGCUAAGGUUGAGGUCCACUACUUUAGAAGGAAAAAGACCCAACUAAUUUGGUUUUUGGUCUGCAGAUUAGAGAUUAGAAUAAACUCGUUAUCAACACUCUUAGCUCUUGCUGCUAAAAAGCGCAUCCAAACAUAGUGACUUGAAACAGCAAACAUUUAUCAGUAUUUCCUAGGAAUCUGUGGGUUGACUGGGCAAAUGUAGGCCAGUUGAACUGCUGAGAUGGAACCUUUGGGGAAUCCAUAUAUCCAGGGCCUCAGCUGAUAUGACUGGAGCAAUAGGGGAUCACUUCUCCAGUAGGUUCAUACAGACUUCUUCACAUGGUAGCAGAGGGUUCCCAGCUCCAGAGUAAGUGCGAAUGUACAAGUGCUUUCCAAAUCUGAUAGUAUCACAUUUGCUAUUUUCCCAUUUGCAAAUCACACAGACAAAACAAAAUCAACAGGUGGAAAAGACACAGGCAAAGAGACAUGAAUAAAAUUGAGACAUUAUUAAAAGAAUCUACACCUUAGUUAGGUUUCCUUUUCUGGAGAAAGUAGCUUUCCCAUUGGUUGAUACAAAGUUUUUCCAGUUUUUGACUAUUGAGAAGCUGUUAUUCAUGUAUAGGUGUUUGUGUAAAAUAGUUUUUUGCAUUUCUCUGUCAAAUACCUAGGAGUGGAAUCCUGUGACUCAUGGUAAUUCCAUGUUUAUAAUAAACUGCAAAAAGUUCUUUGCCAUAGUUCUAUUAUUUUGUAUUCCACCCCCCGCCCAAGAAAUAUGUGAGUUCCAGUUCUGCAUCUUCACCAGUAUUUGAUAGUCAUUUUUGUGUGUUUAUUUUAGUUUUUGCCAUUCUAAUAAUGUGUACUGGGAUCUCGUAGUUUUAAUUUGCGUUUCCCUAAUGACUAAUAGUGGUAAUCUUCAUGUGCUUUUUACCAUCCAUCUAUCAUCUUUGGUGAAAGAGCUACACUGUUUGCCCUUUUUUUUUUUUUUAACUAAUUUACUUAUUUUUCUUGUGUUGAAUUUUAAGAACUCUUUAUACCUCUGGAUACAAAUACUUUGUCAUAUAUGUGAGUUGCAAGUAUUUUCUUCUAACCUGUGAGCCUUGUCUUCAUUUUUUUAAGAAUCUUUCAUAGAACAAAUUUUUUAUUAAGUCUAGUUUAUCCAUUUUUUAUUUACGGAUUGUCUUGCUAUAAAGCUAAGAACUUUUUGACUAGGUUUAUUGAUUUUUUUUUCCUGUUUACUACUAAAAGUCUUUCAGUCUUAUGUUUUACAUUUUAGACUCAUACUGCAUUUUGAAGUAAUUUUUGUACAAGGUGUGAAGUUUCAGUUGAUACUAAUUUUUUUCACAUAUAGCUGUCCAACUGCGCCAGCAGAGAAACUGGACCACUAAGGGAAAUAUGUGCACUGUUACUGCCACUCUCAAAGACAAAAGCUUGGCAAUUUCUUAAAAUAAGCCAUAAGAUUCAAGAAUUUCAAUCUUGAGCAUUUAUUCCAAAGUAGAAAUUAUAUUCAUACAAAAACUUGUACAUGAAUCCUAUAGAAGAUUUAUUUAUUUUUGCAUACAAGAGCUAGAGUACAGGCCAGAGAUGUGGGGGGUGAGAGGAUUCACCAGAGACAGAGUGGGGAACAGAACAGGCAGACUGAUUGAAAUACACUACUGAUGGGAGCAGCGGGCGAGUCAGGAGAGGUCUGCUGCACCAUGUGGGUUGUUCCCUGACUGGCCAGGGCUUGAACUCGUGCUGCAGAGACUGCGGAUUGCCUCAAAGUGUGGUGCUUAAUCCCUUGCGCCACCAGGGAGGUCCCAGAUUUAUUUAUAAUAACCAAAGACUGAAAAUAACCCAGAUGUCUUCAAUGGAUUAAACAAAACUCUUCAGUGAUUAAAACUCCAUACCAUGGAGUACUUACAAGCAAUAAAAAGGACUGAAGUACUUCAUAUAUGAAACAACUAGGAUAAAUCUCCAGAAAAUAAUGCUGAUUGAAAAAAAAAAAAAGACUCCUUCAGGGUUACAUACCAUAUAAUUACAUAUAUGUAACAUUCUUGAAUUAGAAAAAUUAUGAAAAUGGAGGGCUGAUUAGUGGUUGCUAGAAGUUAAGGGGGAGGAUUAGUAUAAAAGGAAGUGAAUGUGGUUUCGAAAGGGCAAAACGAAGGAUCCUUAUGGUGCUGGAAAUGUUCUGGAUCAUAACUGGUUAUAUAUAGAUGCAGCUAUGCUUCUGAUAAAAGUCCGUUAAUACAAUCACAUUGAUUGAAAUGCUGAAACAAUCAUUCUUGGAAUAAAGUCCACUUGUAUUAUCCUUUUUAUAGUUUAUCUUGAUUUGCUAAUAUUUUGUUGCUAAUUUUUUAGGCAAUGUUUGUGGAUAUUCAGUAGUUUUGUAAUUGUUUGGGUAUCAAGGUAAACCUAACCUUAUAAAAUUAAGUGUUCCUCUUUUAUUUUCUGGAUAAUACUUAUAUAAUUGGUGUUAUUUCUUCCUUAAAUGUUUGCUAGAAUUUACCAUAAGCCUUCUGGACCUGAGGUUUUCUUUGUAGGAAAGUAUUAAACUACAAGGUCAAUUUCUUUGUAUACAUGGAACUAUUCAGGUUAUUUAUUUCUUAAGUGAAUUUUAGUAGUUUGUGUCCCUUAUGGAAUUAAUCUUUGUCAUGUAGCUAAGGCAAAUUUUUUAAGUCUGAAGACUCAGGGUGCCCUCUUUUUUCAUUGCUAGUAUUGGUGAUCUUUGUUUGCCGUUUAUUUUUUGUGAAUCUGAGUAGAGAUCAAUUUUCUUGACCUUUCCUAUGAACCAGCUUUUGAUUUCAUUCUUUUUUCUCCAUAACUUUUCCAGUUCAGCUCAUUUUGGUAAUAUUCCCCCAACUCUCCAGAAACCAGAUUCCAAGCUUAUUUUGUUAGUGAUACAACUCAGUAAACCACCAGCCAGCAGACUGCUUCCUCUCUGGUAAGGUCUAGAUCUCAGUCCUGAGAGAGAGGCUCUUCCAGAUUUGCUCCUUAUUAUAGUACUCUGCCUCAGCAACUAAAGUUAAUGACUGUACCAUAUAUUCAUGAUUUCUGUAUUGUUUUAGAGUUCUUUUUCCUUAACUGUUAUUUAUCAGUCCUGUUAUUCUUAAGACA